AUGGCCACCAAAUCAACACCAAUUCCAUUAUCGCUACAAACUAGCCAUGAUUCAAAGGGCAACUCAUUACAAACACCAACCUCCGAGUCGCAUCUCACACCUCCAGUGACUCCGAUCGGCAAAUCCAGCGGAGCUGAACACUCAAUACCAAUUCCAUUAAGCAGUACCGACACGUCAUCCGGCUUAUCAAAGCGCAGCAUCUUACUACGUUUCACCGACGACCUAGAAGCUUGCACAGAUGGAAGCAAUCGGCGCAUUGAAUAUGGUCGUGGCGCAUGGAGCAUUGUAUAUAAAGCCCGUUCAACACCAGGUACCUCGAUACUCACUGCAAUCAACACUCCACCAAGUUCGCCUACCGCAAAAAGUCGAGUCUACGCCGUAAAAGCACCUCUCCGCAAAGAUGCGUACCCAGUUCUUCACUCCGAGGCUUUAACACUCACCCGCCUAAGCUCAACUCCGGGAUGUGAGAACUGUGUCGUUCCAUUUCAUGGUUACCACACCGAUACCUCAGCCCUAGUUAUGUCCGCAGUUCCGCUCGCAUUAUCAACAUAUAUCGAAGAUCAAGCAGAUAUGAACCGAAAACGUGGACCAUGCACCGCUACAAUGUUCGAUCCGAUCCAAGGACCAGCCGCAUGGCGAGAUCUUGCGCGAAAACUGAUCUCAGGCCUGGAAUGGUUACACAAGAGUGCGGGGAUCAUCCACGGUGAUAUCAAGCCGCAUAACCUGCUCUUGCGCCCUGUUGUGCAAGUUACAGAUACAAACCUUGAUGCAAACGCUGAGCCACUCGCAUUUCCUUAUGAACCUCUUUUCGCGGAUUUCUCCUCUGCAUUAGACCUGCAGACAAAUCCAUCCGAUGAGAAAAGCCAUACAUCCAUGUCGGCAUUUACGCCACCAUUUACAGCGCCAGAACUACUUUCCCUUGCGUCUUUGACAUCAGGUGACGUUGCGCCUACGCCUGCAUCGGAUGUGUUUUCUCUUGCUGCGACGCUUGUUGCGGCUGCUACGGGUGAUUUGUUAUUGUAUCCUGGCUCGAGUAAUAUGCAGCGACUUGCUAUGGCGAGAGAGGGACAUCGGAUUUUAGAGUUUACGCGUUGUGGUGCGAACGGAGCUCGGGUGCCGAGGAAUGGAUUCGUGGAGAGGUUGAUGCAGCCUGCUGUUGCUAAGGACCCCGCGCAGAGAAUUGAUACCUCUGAAUGGGUGGAAUUGGCAUCUGUUUAA